AUGUGUCUACGUUUCAGGGACGACGAUCCGACCCAAGUCUACCCUGAAGGGCCAAGAAUUCAUCACCCUUCAGACGUCACUACCAGGCAGUCCAUAGAGAAACGUAUUCAGUAUAUGCAAAACCUCAAGAAAGAAAAGAGGAAAUUAAACAAACGCUUUGCAAGGCCCACCCCUCUGCCAGAACCAGGACUCCAUGUACUUGAGGAGAACUACUACUUUCUCCCAAUUUCAGACUUUUCUUCAGAGUUAAAAAUCCAGUUAACUUACCUACUCCUCUUUCAGCCUGUUUAUAAACCCUGCUUCUGUCUAGCAAUCUGGAGAAUCAUUGCUGUAUUUCAUGAAGAAAGUUAUUUUAUCAGCUUUACUAAAGUAUAA